UUGUUUUGACACCUGUAUAGAUGGCUCUGUCCUCAAUUUUCGUUAAACCAAAGCCAUCAAAUACAGCAGUUUGGCAGGGCCAGAGCUUGUAGUGGCUUGUUAACGUUAGCUGGUACGGUGAAAGUGUUAGAUCCGUCAAAGGAGAAAGCAGGAAUUGUGUGUUUCAGAAAAUCGAGCCAACAUGUCAGAACAAGAAGCUGCACAAACAAACGACGAAGUGACUCAAGAAACUGAACGUGAUAGUACGGCAGAUGCUGUUUCUGUGGCAGACAUUGAGAAAAAAGAGGAAGAGAAACUAAAAGCUAAAUUUCCAAUGAUGGGCCGUCCAAUGAGUGGACAGUCCGUAUUCUUGCAGAAACGGCUUGCAAACAGGCAAAAAUACUUUGAUUCAGGAGACUACCAAAUGGCAAAACAGAAAUCUGCAGCAAAAGCACGUCAGGUUCCAGCAGGUAUUGCUUAUGUUACUGGAGACGCCAUUCCAACACCAGAGACGGUGCCUGUUCGUAAAACAUCCAUAAUACAGCCUUGCAAAUUCACGAGUAGCUCGACAACAUAGUGUCAGUGCGUGAGAUAAGACUUAAAAAUAUCUUGUGCUAUGAAAUGAAAUGAUCUAGGAUGUUUAUUUAUUUUGUAUUUGUAUAACUCAAAUUGCUACACAACUUGUUUACAUAUUGUAAACCAGUUUUCUAUGCUUAACAGUUGUUAAAUUAGUUUUAAAUCUGAGGAACAGCAGUUGUAGCUUCUGCAUUUGACUUCUUAAUUUUGUAAUUUAUGCAGCCUUAUUAAAGAUGUAUUGUGCCUGGUUCACUUCAGCCAGCUAGAUUUAAAUAUAAAAUUUCAUAAAUUGACAAAAGUCAAAGCAGAAUCUCUUGUUCAGCAUGUAUGUUAAGAUAGUGUUACCUGCUAUUUUAUAACUUCUGUCAAGUUUAUCUGCAAAGCCUUCCCCUCAAGGCCUCUUGUGUCAGUGAAAUAAAGCUGUAAAAAAUCAGUUAUCGUAAAUAUUGCUAACCUGCAGAAAAUGCAUGCCAACCUGCGACCAGUUGUGAAUUAAAGGGGAAAUGGUGUAAAUGAAACAGUAAGCAUAAGUUUUUUGAACCUAAAAUAUAAAAUUUUGUUACUGUAUUAUUGUCGGUAUUGGUACAAAUGUGUAUAAUGUAAACUGUAAAGGAAAAAUACAUCAUUAAUUUUUAA